AAGAAACUAUUUUUAGACCAAUUUAUAUGUUCACCUGUGAUAAUCAUGUCGUUUUUUGCGACAGUGGCUGUAUUCGAAGAGCACCCUUUAGAAAAUUUUACUGAUGAAGUUAGAGAUAAGUUUUGGACAUUAUACAAAGCCGAAUGGGUUGUCUGGCCGCCGGCCCAGGUCAUUAAUUUUUACUUCUUACCAACAAGGUUCAGAGUGGCUUAUGACAACACCAUAUCUCUUGGAUAUGACAUUUAUACAUCUCAUGUAAAACACAGCAAGUCUUUUAAAAGUGAAAGUUAAAAGUUCAUGUAUUGAUGCUAUGUGUGAGAUAAUCCAGUUGCAUAGUAAUAAAUUGAUAAGUGUUCAUAUGAAGUAUUUCCUUUAGUAGAUUUGAUAAUAUAAUGUAGAUAAGAAUAAUUCAAGGACUUAUUUUCAAAAUAAUUUAUUUGCAAGAUAAAUAAUAAAAGCAUUUACUUGGUAUCUUGGGACCUAAAAUUACAAGACACAAUGCAAGCUCUUGGAAUCACUUGGAGAAAGUUAGCCACAAAUGUACAAAAUUCCGGUCCAUUUUCUAAAUUUAAAAAAGUAGUUAGAAUUGCUUUUAGUGACAAAUAUUUGUUGUACACAAAUGUCACUAUAUCUAUAAGCUUAUCAGCAUUAGGAGAUAGCUUGGAACAAUCAUAUGAAAUUUAUACAAAGGAGCAAGAGAAAUAUGACUUGAAGAGAACUAUGCACAUGGGCUUUUCAGGGGCAGCAGUAGGAGUUCUCUGCCACCAUUGGUACAAAGUAUUAGACAAGUUUAUUAUAGGAAAGACAGUAGACAUGGUGAUAAAAAAGUUGAUUUUGGACCAGUUAAUAUUUUCUCCUGUUAUGAUCAUCACUUUUUUUGGGAGUUUGGCAUUACUUGAAGAUGACCCUUUGGAAAACUUUAAAGAGGAAGUAAGAGACAAGUUUGUAACACUAUAUCGUGCAGAAUGGAUGGUGUGGCCACCAGCACAAGUAAUUAAUUUCUAUUUUCUGCCAACAAGGUUUAGAGUAUUAUAUGAUAAUACAAUAUCAUUAGGGUACGAUAUUUACACAUCACAAGUUAAACAUAGCAAAUCAUUAAAAGCUGUAGUACCUAAUGUAAGUAAAGAAGCAAGUAAUGUCCAUAAACCUUGUGACAAAUCAUGUUGACAACUAAUACAAAUUAUGUAGGUUCAAUUAAAUAAUUAUUUUAGUAAUAGUAGUCAAUGAGUAAUAGCACUUGGGGCUUUUUGCCCCCAAAUAAUUAAGUAUCAUUGUUUAGUGUUAAAUCACUGAUGUAACUUAAAAAGGAAAAGUGCUGUGAUAUUAAUUAAAUAC